ACCCUGGUUUCCUCUGCUGGGAGGGGUUGGGGGGCUGGCCCCCAAAGGGGCCCUGGCUUCCCCCUCCUCUGGGCAGGGCACAGAGAGGCACAGGCUCAGGGAGCAGGGACUGACUUCCUCUUGUCCCAGAACGAGCAUGCCUGCCCUUUGCAAGGGGGUUUGGGUCUGUCACGUAGAGGAAACCAAAAGCGGCAAGAGGGAGGGAAGGCAGAGCGACCAAUCAAGGGCAGGGUGAGGCGCGAAACCAGCGGGCUCCCCGGGGAGCUGGGCAGAGGCCGGGCCAUGGCGGAGCUGCAGCAGCUGCAAGAGUUUGAGAUCCCCACAGGCCGGGAGGCCCUGCGGGGCAACCACAGCGCCCUGCUGCGAGUUGCGGACUACUGUGAGAACAACUACUUGCAGGCCACAGACAAGCGGAAGGCACUGGAGGAGACGAUGGCCUUUACCACCCAGGCCCUGGCAAGCGUGGCCUACCAGGUGGGCAACCUGGCCGGGCACACACUGCGCAUGUUGGACCUGCAGGCGGCCUGCCUGCGGCAGGUGGAAGCCCGCGUGAGCACCCUGGGCCAGAUGGUGAACAUGCAUAUGGAGAAGGUGGCCCGAAGGGAGAUCGGCACCUUAGCCGCUGUCCAGAGGCUGCCCCCCGGCCAGAAAGUCAUCCCCCCUGAGAGCCUACCUCCCCUCACGCCCUACUACAGGAGACCCCUCAACUUCGGCUGCCUGGACGACAUUGGCCAUGGGAUCAAGGAUCUGAGCACGCAGCUGUCGCGGACUGGGACCCUGUCUCGAAAGAGCAUCAAGGCGCCUGCCACACCCGCCUCUGCCACCCUGGGGAGACCGCCGCGGGUUCCGGAGCCCGUGCAGCUCCCGGUGUUGCCCGAUGGCAAACUCUCAGCCGCCUCAUCUGCUUCUUCUCUGGCUUCGGCCGGCAGCGCCGAAGGUGUCGGUGGGGUCUCCACGACCAAGGGGCAGGCAGCACCCCCACCCCCACCUCUCCCCAGCUCCACGGCCCCACCUCCUCCACCAGCUGCCUCUGACAUCUUCCUGCUGCCCCCUCCGCUGGAGGAACUGCCCCUGCCCCCGCCAGCCCCAGAGCUGCCCCUGCCCCUGGAUCUGCCCCCUCCUCCACCUCUGGAUGUAGAUGAGUUGGGGCUGCUGCCUCCACCCCCACCAGGCUUUGAACGGGAAGAGCCCAGCUGGGUCCCUGCUACAUACUUGGAGAAAGUGGUGACACUGUACCCAUACACCCGCCAGAAGGACAACGAGCUCUCCUUCUCUGAGGGAACCAUCAUCUGCGUCACCCGCCGCUACUCCGAUGGCUGGUGUGAGGGUGUCAGCUCAGAGGGGACUGGAUUCUUCCCGGGGAACUAUGUGGAGCCCAGCUGCUGACAGCCUGGGGCUCUCUGGGCUGCUAACCCAGGUUCUGCCCUGAGCAGCCUCUGGAGCCCCAGGCCAAAGCCAGCUCCAAGAUCAAGGCUGGACUAGGUCUGCCUGCCUCUUGGGCUGUGAGCUGUGUCCGCUCCUUCCCCCUACUGCGGUGGGAAGGGGUCCUGGGGAGAGAGAGGAGGUACCCAGAGGCCUGCUCCAGACAGGAAAGAACUGAAAGCCAAGGAGUUUGGUGACCUUGUCCACAGAGGACCCCCUACUCUGUGCAGGGCGGGGUCUCCAGCUGCAAGUGCCAGCUUUGAAUAAAACUCUGACCCUCUUGAUAAUUGCCCUGCAGGGCUAGGGGGCAGAGAGGAGGGAUUGAAAGGCAUCCCAGUUCUAAGGCUCCUGCUAAUUACGGAGCCACCCUCUGCCUGCCGCUAGCAGCAGUGUCUCUCCCAUCUCUUCGGUCCUCAUUAAGUGCCCUCUGCACUAGACCUCUGAUGCCCCUCAGCAAUGACUGACUGCACCUUG